AGUUCGAUUUGCAGCUCUGUUUGUAUAUACAGAGAAAUAGUCCCCAGAAAAAAAAGCAAUAGGAUGGAAGACAAUAGUAUAAAUAAAAUAAUUCAAUCGUACAUUUAAUCAAAUCACUGUAUUUUGAAGUAUUUAAAUAAAAUGUACACCAAGCAGGCAUAACAUUAUGACCACUGAGAGGUGAAGUGACCAACACUGAUUAUCUCCUCAUCCUGGCACGAGUUAGUGGAUGGGAUAUAUUAGGCAGCAAGUGAACAUUUUGUCCUCAAAGUAUGGCAAGCGUAAGGAUUUGACCGAGUUUGACAAGGACCAAAUUGUGAUGGCUAGACCACUGGAUCAGAGCAUCUCCAAAACUGCAGAUCUUGUGGGGUGUUCCCGGUCUGCAGUGGUCAGUGUCUAUCAAAAGUGGUCCAAGGAAGGAACAGUGGUGAACCGGCAACAGGAUCAUGGGCGGUCAAGGAUCAUUGAUGGACGUGGGGAGUGAAGGCUGGCCCGUGUGAUCCAAUCCAACAGACAGUUGCUCAAAUUGCUGAAGAAGUUAAUGCUAGAAAGGUGUCAGAACACAUAGUGCAUGACGGGUCAGGGCUGUUUUGGCAGCAAAGGGGGACCAACACAAUAUUAGAAAAAAGCAAUGCGAACCAGCUCAUCCUCGCCACCACUGCACGUGCACGUGAAUGAAAGCACACCUGUCCAUGUGCAUGUAAAGAAGGGCACGAAGAACAGCCCUAUAAAGCCAGCACAGGUUAAGGUGAAAGGCUGCUUACGUCCCACUGCUAAAGUUAAGACAAGAGUCCCAUGGAUUCCUCCGGGCAAAGCUUCAACGCGAGAAGCAUCAUACAAGUGGGAGGGACCAAGCCAUCGCUUGGAAAUCACCCCCCUACCUGAGCCAGACCCCUCACGCUCUGUUCUCCGUCUGGAAGACCUCUCCACUGAUGAGGAGGAAGCUUUGCAUGGACGCAUCAACCAGUAUGAGAGGAAGAUCGAUAGCCUUAUGACCGAGGUCAGCUCACUAAAGAACGAGGUGGAGCUGCGUAAGAAGGAGCAGCAGCUAGAGCGCCAGUCUGAGAGGCUAAGUGUCUCACAGCGUGUCAUCGCAGAGCAAGAGGAAGAGCUGGCUGAGGUCGCCAAGGAGCUAGAAAUCACAGAGCGAGAGAACACGCUCCUCCGGGAGUCCAUGGAGAAAAUACUGGAGGAAAACAACUAUGGCAGGUUGGAGAGAGAGAACCUGCAACAGGAGAAGGAUGUGCUGCUCAAGAAGCUAUUGGAGGCAGAGCUCGACAGCACUGCAGCCGCCAAGCAGGUCCUGGCGCUCCGAGAUGCUGUUAGCCGCAUGUCGAGAACUGAGAAGCGAAUGACUGGCUCUGACUCGUUGCUGGCCCGGCAGAAGGAUCUCCUCCUGCAGAAGUUGGAAACUUUUGAGAGAACAAACCGAACACUACGCCGCCUCCUGAGGGAGCAGCAUGAGCAUGAGAUGGACUCACUUCAAUUGCUGGAGCAGAAAGACUCUCUUCUGAAGAGGCUCACUGAAGUUGAAGCAGAAAACUCGCACCUUCACAUGAAGCUACAGGAUAAAGAGAAAGAAGUCGCUGACCUUUCCUGCCUUUUAGAGAACGAGAAGGAACAUGUGAAGACCACGAGUGAGCUCUCCAAGUCGCUGGAAUCAACCCGAGCUCAUCUGCAGGGCCAACUACGCAACAAGGAAGCAGAAAAUAACCGGCUUUCAGUCCAGAUUAAGAACCUGGAGCGAACAGCUGAUCAACAGCAGGGAGAGCUGGAGUGUGUGCAGGCUCAGAUGCGGGAGUUGAAGCAGCGGGCUGAUUUGGAUAAAGAGGCACUGAAGAAAGCCACACGGGCGCUGAAACAGAGAGCAGAACGCAGCGAGGACACUGCAGGACAUCUCAGCGCUCAGUUGACCGAAAUGGAAGCCCGGCUGGCAGAUGCUGUUUCAACUGCAGAGAACUGGAGCAGUCGUCACGCAAAAGAGCUGAAGGAGAAAGGCCAGCUGGAGGUGGAGAUCACACUGCUGAAUAGCCGGAUCGCAGAUAUGACAGAGCAGCUGCAUAUGCUUGAGGAGAAAACCAGAGCAGAGAGAGACGGACUUCUGGACCGGCUGCACAGUAUGACCACGGAGAGCACCACAGUUAGACUGGAGAACCAGAGCCUAAAGGCAACUCUGUCAGCACUGGAGGAGAAACUGUCUCUGUCCCGGUCUGAGGUGGAGCAGGUCAAAGCCUCAGUGAAGCAGUAUGAAAGCUUAGUGGACAGCUACAAGAUUCAGCUGCAGAAGACACGUGCCGAGGCAGAUGAGUAUAGUGUGCACGCGCAGCAGGCAGAGCGGGAGGCACGGGCUCUAAGAGAGGAGCUGGAUCAGGAGCUUGAUCAGGCCCGGAAGCAGCUGAUGGGUCGUCUGAGCGAGCUGGAGCCAUUACCCGAUACCCUGCGCCGCACUGAGCUCCAACUGCACGAAGCACAAGAAAAGGAACGUUUACAGGAGAGGAGGAAUGCUGAGCUUACAACGGGUCUUGCAGAGUUACGAGUUAAGGUUGAACAGCAGGGUGUUCAGAUGGAGAAGGUGCAGCAGAGGAACACGCUACUAAUGGAGGAGAACAACCAGCUCAAGCACAAAGUAGAUUCCCUCGAAAGGAAGUUGGAGGAGGCCAGCUCUCAGAACGGAGAUCUUCUACAAAUGAUAGCAAAGCGAGAGGAGUCCAUCCUUCACAACCAGAUGCGUUUGGAGGAGAAGUCUCGCGAAUGCAACGCACUAAGCCGGCAGCUAGAAGAGGCACUAGAGGACGCCAGGCGACAGGUGUCCAAUACAAGAGAGCGAGCCGCAUCUAAAGAGCGAGCCUCUCAGUCCAAAGUGAUUGAGUUGGAGACCCAACUGAGCCGAGCCAGUUCAGAGCUCAGUCAGCUGCGGAGAACCAAAGACGAGGCUGAGAGGAGGUACCAAAGCCGUCUGCAGGACGUGAAGGACCGCCUGGAACAGUCGGACAGCACCAACCGCAGUCUGCAGAACUACGUGCAGUUCCUCAAAGCUUCUUAUGCUAGUGUGUUUGGGGACUUGCCUCUCAGCAGCAGCUCACUCAGAGCUCACUCAGCCAUCUGACACCUUGUACACUUGAAACUGAGGUGAUGCAGGACACACAGACACCAGUGUGUAUUUUUUUUACACAGUACAGUGUGAUGAGUUUACCUUCGUCAGUUUUAUUUGAAUGUGGGUAAGAACCAAAGUACCAUUAGACUCUAAUCUUGCAUUAAUUAUCCUUGUUCCUCAUUAUAUUUCAUAUAAAUCUCUAUACUUGAGCCCUAGAUUAGUGACAGUGUUUUGAAGCGGUGCUUAAAUAGCAGAAGCAAAUGCUCCUCAGAGACCUGAAUAAAAUUUCAGUCAUUAUCAAGAACAUCUGAUUUGUCUGAUUAUGAACUUUUAUUAUUAUUAUUAUAUAAAUAUAUAUAUAUUUUUAUUCCUUUAUUUCAAAACCGCAGGCUGACCAAUCAAUAAUAUGUGAAACUUCUUAUAAAACUGUAAGUUCUGUUGUAUUGGUGUUCUUCAGCCUUGCUAAAUUUCUUCAGAUAAAUAAAAUAAUCAGCCUCUGCUAGGAUUAUAAAGUCAUUCAGGGUAGAUUCAUAUUUAUAACUAACAUGAACUACAACUGGGUCAAAAAUUGAUUUUGUAAUGACAGACUGAGUUGACUUAGUUUAAACUUUUUUCAUCAACACGUUGGUCUGUUUCGACUUGAAAUGGUAAUGCAGCAGUGCUUUAUUGUGUCCAGUUCCCACACUUCCUCAUCUAUAAACUCUGAGCUUCUGUCAGCACUAUCACACUUGUAAUCCCUUAGAUCACUGACUAGCCGAGUCUGUGAGUCUUUCACCCAACCGUGUUGAAUAGCUGCGCUCUGUUUGUUGCCUCCACUACUUAUACAUAGGAUUUCUCUCUGAGCAUCACUGGAAAAACAUGGUGAGUCAGAAAAGAAGAUCUUUUAUUGUUAACAGCAAAAACUGACCGUUGCCCCUUAUGUUAGAUUUUGUCGUCCUAUUAAUCACCAUUAUCGGUCCUCUAUUAAUCACCAUUAUCACAUACUAAGUUGUGCAAGAGGAAAGUGCAGACAGGAUUUCUCUUUCUAACCAAAUCAGGCAUCUGUGAACUGUAUAUUGAAGAUAUGUGUUGGCCUUCACCCUCCCUGAGCUGACUGGUGAGUAGGAAUUGACUAAUGAUAAAGUUGGUAAUAAAAUAGAUUUUUUUUUUAAAUAAUGAAAAUACAACAAGCAGUAAAUUAUCACCAGAGUUACUAAACACACGACACAUAUUUCAGCAAAAACAUAUGCAGUGUGCUGUACAGUGUAGUUUUCCUUUAAUGCGACUAAGCACAUGGUGCUGUAGUGUUCAGACUGAAGAUCUCAUCAAUGGGUGCUACCAGUUUUAUAUUACACGAUUUUCUCUCUAAUAACUGUGUUUGGAAUUCUAUGUGCACUUAUAUUGCUAUAGACAAUAAUACAUAUAUAUGUUUUAUACAGUUAUACAUAUGAAAUGUUUACAUUUUUAUCAGUUCAUCUGAAGUAUAAGUAAAACUUUUUAAAAAUUUCAGAUGUGUGAGAUCUCUUCUGUUGCACAGCUCAGCCUUCAAACUUUAGCUCUUGCCCCGUUGUCAUUUCUGUGAUCAAGGCACAGUUUUAUAUCAAGCUGGUGGUCUUUGAUGAAGAUUCUUGUCUUCUUGUCUUUCUCAUGACCUUCAAUGCAGUCUCUGUAAAAUGAUUACUUUUCUCUGUAGUCACCCUGUGGGCUCCUUUUUAAUAUUUCUUUGCCUUCAGUUGGGCUGAAAGCAAUUAGAUGG